GAGUGCAGACUCAGGGGAGCGAGAUGCACAACUGGAUCCUGAGCCCGGGUCACCGCGCUGAGCAGAUCCCCGGGGAGGGAGGCCUUGGACCCCUGAGUUGAAGACACCUCGCAGAGCAGGCGCCCUGGGGAGUUAGGGCCUGGCCCCAUUACUGGUAACACUGCGCAGAGCAGUGCCCUCUGGGAAGGCCUGGCCCCAUGCUGUGGGGACACCGCGCAGAACAGGGUCCCCUGGGGAAAGUCUUGUCCUGUGCGUUGGGGACACCGUGCAGGGCAGAGUCCCCUGGGGAUGGAGGGCCUGCUCCCGUGAGCUGGGGAUACCACGCAGGGCAGGGUUCUCUGGGGAAGGCCUGGCCUCAUGAGCUGGGGACACCGCGCAGGGCAGAGUCCCUGGGAAAGGAGGGUCAGGCUCUUAAGAGAACACUGCUGUGUAUCCUACGAGGCACCAAUAUGCUGUAUGUAAAGAAGAAAAAUGGAAAGUGGCACAGUUCUGCUGGAAUCCAAAUCCUCCCCAUUUCACCUGCUGCGGGAAAUGCACAAGCUCCGCCUUCUCGGCCACCUGUGUGACGUCACCAUCAGCGUGGAAUAUCAGGGCAUCCGAGAAGAUUUCAUGGCCCACAAAGCGGUGCUGGCGGCAACCAGCAAGUUUUUUAAGGAUAUGUUCCUGAAUGAGAAGAGUAUGGAUGGAGCCAGGACUAAUGUGUACUUACACGAGGUGCAGGUGGUCGACUUUGCUUCAUUUCUUGAGUUUGUUUACACCACCAAAGUCCAGGUAGAGGAAGACCGGGUGGAGCGGAUGCUGGAGAUGGCAGAAAAGCUCAAGUGUUUGGACCUGUCAGAAACUUGUUUCCAGUUAAAGAAGCAGAUGUUAGAGUCGGUCCUUUUGGAAUUGCAGAAUUUCUCAGAGUCUCAGAAGGCUGAAGCUAGCAGUGGCCCCCUGACCAGUGUUACUGUGGACUCUAGAGCAAGUGUGGCCAGGGAUAGUGCCCAUUGCAACGGUCUUGUGGGCUCCUCAGAUCACUCAGAGGACAGGAUCAACAGCGGCUUGUCACCUGAUAUGCCAGUGAGGAAGCCCAAGGAAAAGCUAGAAAAGAAGAGAGAUGUGGCCAAACCUCCCUACUCUAAAAUCAGAAGAGCAAGUGGAAGGCUGGCUGGAAGAAAAGUGUUUGUGGAAAUACCUAAAAAAAAAUACACAAGACGACUCCGAGAGCAGCAGAAAAGUUCAGAGGAGGCAGCUGUGGGGGAUUGCAUGUGUCCCCAGGAGCAGCCUGAGGGCAGUGUAGCCACAGAGAAGGAGGCAGAUGCAGAGACAAAGCUGGAUGCAGAGACGACUCCAUCCGCAGAGAUGGUGCCAGCGGCAGGUAGCCAGGGCUGCAGUGUGGGUGCCGGGGAACUAGAGGGAGCACUACAGAAGGAAAGGGCAGCAGGGUCUGGGAAGGAGGCUGAGGGCGACGGCGACCAUGGCGAGGAGGGCAGAAAGAAGAGCAACUUGAAGUGUACGCUCUGUGACAAGGCCUUCCUGUACGAGAAGAGCUUCCUGAAGCACGUCCAGCAGCACCACGGUGUAGCCACCGAGGCGGUGUACCGCUGCGACACCUGCGGCCAGACCUUUGCCAACCGCUGCAACCUUCGGAAUCACCAGCUCCUCGUGCACAGCAGCGAGCGCCACUUCCCCUGUGAGCUGUGUGGGAAGAAGUUCAAACGCCUGAAGGAUGUGAGGCGGCACGUGCUGCAUGUGCACGAGGGCGGAGGCGCUCGCCACCGCUGUUCGGAGUGCGGCAAGGGCCUAAGCUCUAAGACGGCCCUGCGCCUGCACGAGCGCACGCACACGGGAGACCGGCCGCAUGUUUGCCCCGACUGCGGCGCCCGCUUCUCUCAACCCUCAGCGCUCAAGACCCACAUGAGAAUUCAUACAGGGGAAAAGCCUUUUGUCUGUGAUGAGUGUGGGGCGAGAUUCACUCAGAACCACAUGCUGAUUUACCACAAAAGGGUCCACACAGGUGAAAAGCCUUUUAUGUGUGAAACAUGUGGCAAGAGUUUUGCUUCCAAAGAGUACUUAAAGCACCACAAUAGAAUCCACACUGGCUCCAAACCCUAUAAGUGUGAAAUGUGUUUCAGGACUUUUGCCCAGCGGAACUCACUCUACCAGCAUGUAAAAGUCCACACAGGGGAGCGGCCCUACUGUUGUGACCAGUGCGGGAAGCAGUUCACCCAGCUCAAUGCCCUCCAGCGCCACCGUCGCAUCCACACAGGAGAAAAGCCGUUCAUGUGUAACGCGUGUGGACGGACAUUCACUGACAAGUCCACCCUCCGGCGGCACACCUCAAUCCACGAUAAGAAUACUCCAUGGAAGUCUUUCCUUGUUAUUGUAGAUGGCUCACCCAAAAACGAUGAAGAGCACAAAACAGAGCAGCCUGAUGAAGAGUAUGCACCUCCCAAACUCCCAGAGAAAUUGCUGUCCUUUGCAGAAAAUGGCCACUUUGACAGCCUGGCCACCAUGCCAGGUAUGGCACCUGCCAGACAAAACAGUGCCACACAUGCAGACUGUAAGGCGGAUGCUUCCGUGGUGGUGUCCCAGGACACUCUGCUUGCCACCGCCAUGAGUGAGCUUGGUGAGCUGACUCCACAGACAGAUUCGAUGCCUACACAGCUUCAUUCACCCUUUGAGCAGCAUUGAAUGAGUUUCAUGCCAUGGGCCAGUGGGUCUACAGGUGACAGCUGUACUCCACGAUGCACUAGCAGCCUAGAAGAAUCACUGUUUGUGAGCAAGGGUGGCCUCUGCAGAUGCCCCCAAACUUGCACAUUCUCAUCACACCACGUUCAGAGGUUUCCCUUUGGCAUCCUGACUUGCAUGAUCUCCACUCCCUGAAUCCUGGUGUAGGCAGCGUGCAGUUGAUCCCCUGCCUGAUUCUCCUGAUGCUUGGCCUGCUCUUGUCCUAAUGCAUAGAACACAGCACUGCCCAGCUUGAGUGGUCUUCCUGGUCCCACCCUGCCUUAAACUCCAUGUACUUUAAAGUGUUUUCUACCAAGCCAAAAUAAAGCUGGGACCAUGUAAUUUUAGCGGCUUCCUCAUUGAGCUGAAGCAAAUAAGAUCUGCUUUGUGACUGAAGCAGUGGAUUAUUACAUUCAUUCCUCCCCCACCUCCUACUUGCAGGCACUAAAAUAGGAAUGACAAAUCUGCUGUCAGGUCAGUAUGUCUCUCAUAGCUCACAGCUGAGGAGUUUGUCAAGAAAUUUACUUGAAAAUGACAUGUGGCUGUUUAGUUUCAUUCCUAAAAACAGGCUUGGGUGAAAGCUGUCCUACCAAAGAGUCUAACAAGACAGUAGUACUGUACAGAGGCAUGAAAAAUGCAGCAACAGGCCUUUGAACACUUGAAUGUCAUUGACAAGAGCAAAAUGAGGGGUGACAAGGGCAAGUCAUAAAACAUGGAGAAUUAGUGUUUUUGCCAGGUUUUUCUCGCUUGAUUUGUCAUUUCCAAAAACACCCACUUCCUCCUUUGCAAACUGAGAGGUUGUAGCCAGCGAUAGUAGGGAGCCGCAAGAGCCUAGAAGGGACCAAAGCCUGGGCAUGCACAUCUCAGACUGUGCCUUAUGGAGCAGUUGGGACAGAGCCAGUAACUGGCUUCAGCGGUCUGCUGGCUGUGUACUGGAUUAAAUCACUGCUCAGAAACAAUGGAAAGAGGAUUAUGCUGUCACUGCUGCUCCAGGGACCUGGGUGCACGGCCAUGUUUGUGAAGUGCUUUGAUCCACAUGUACCUAAGCCUAUUUCAAAGGAAUGCCUUCAAGGGAGAGUUCUGUACCCCUGUUGCUUUUCCCCCUGCGUUAAUUUAUUAAACUUGGUGUACACACCUGUCCUCUAGGAGGAAGGCACCUCACCCUUCUGCUGGAGGAUGACGCCAGGCUGAGGAUGGCGGAAAUGGGCAAGUUUCUUCCACAGUGCUCACUGUGAC